UUUUGUUCCCCCAAAAUAGAAAAUGCUUAAAUCUCGAUGUCAGUAGUAGAUAAACUUUUGAUGCGCACAGUCUUGUUUGUACGUCCACAGAGAACGGACGCGUCAGGCAAAUUUGGGGGAUUUGCAAUAGUGAUCCCCAAGAUGCUUCGGGUACUGCACGUCCUGCUACUGGUUGGUAGUAUAUCAGAUGUCUCAUGUAAAUUUGACCCGAUUGCGUUUUCAUAUCGACAGCCAGAUUACACAUUUUCAACUGCACAAGUUGUGCCCUACUCGACGAGAGUGACGAAUCACAACCAUGCAUCGUUUACUGGUGGCAUUUUCACGUGCACAAAGUCGGGCAUAUACAAGUUCCAGAUUUACGGCAAUUCGUACACAAGCGCCAGAAUAUUUCUGGAGAUUUACCGUGGGUCCUCGCUACUGGCCACUUUGUAUGGCCAUGCCAACGGCGACUUUGCGACAGCAGGAAACGUUGUCAUCUUGAAUUUACACAGCCACGACACUAUCAAGGUAACAACUAGAGGAACAUAUUCUGUGCGUCUAUCGAACACGAAUCUUAAUACGUUUACUGGUGUUGAAAUGGGAUCACUUUUCCUUGAACCGGAAUUCGGAUAUCGCAUCUUCCCUGCCUUUUCCGCCACUGCCGACCACCACCAAAACAUAGCAGGCGGUGAUGUAGUGCAAUAUCAUAAUGAACUAGUAGACUCGUUCAAAGCUUUCAACAUGUCCGAUGGAGUAUUUUAUUCUCCUUCCGGUGGUUAUUAUAUAUUCCAUUUCUUCAGUGGUACGCUCUCCAACAACAGCGUGUCGCAACAACAUGCCGAGCUGUGGCUGGACCUGUAUCAGAACAACCAGUAUGUAUGCUCCAUUUAUGCGUUCACCGACUUCGAUUGGGCCGACGCCGGGAACACAGUCAUUUUGAAACUAACGCAAGGUGAUAGCGUGUCUGUAAGAUCGCAUACGCGAUAUGCUAAUCAUUUAUAUGGAACACAGGACCAUAUAUACACUACGUUUUCUGGGACGCAGCUUAUUUCUGAUGAGGACCUUGCAGAUCCAGACUCGUAUCCGGUGGUCGUAUUUUCCGUUGGUCUAACAUUGAACUUGACGCUUCCGAUCGGAGCUACACUCGUUUACACCAAAAUAUUCGUAGACCAUACCGGCAACUACGACAUUGGAUCGGGGCAUUACCAAUUUUGAUUUCUGGCGUCUACGAAUUUAAUUUCCAUUGCCUCGCGGAAACGGGCAAAGCAGUGAGUUUGAGGCUCUUAAAAACAGGUGGAAGUGCACUAAGCCAAAUAUACUCGCAUAGAGUCAACCAUCGUUCUAUGGCGGGCAAUGCUGUCGUUGUGGAACUCACAGGAGGCGAGGAAGUGUAUGUAGAGGUCUUCCAAGUAACGAAUUUUUUGGUUGGAGGGUCGCGUGAAGUGUAUUGCACAUUUUCGGGCCAUCUUUAUGCGGCUCAACCGGACGAGAUUGUGGGUUAAAACGUAUUAUUUGAGUUUCGAUGGGGAAUAAAUUCAACUCUUAGAAAGACA